ACGGGUUUUGUUUCGAGUAAGAUGCUGCAGUAGCUGGCCCAUGUCUAGUGUUUUAGUUAGUGAAAUUGGAGUGUUGUGUGACAUGACAGUGAGUGGAGCCCCUUGAGGGCCCUAGGCAAGAUCAAAAGGGGGCUAUCGAUUAGCUCGGGGGCUCAACGUGACGACGUUGUCUUUUGUAGACCUUAAUUCCGAUGUGGCGGUGAGAUGCACCCCUCAACGAUGUUCGCCUUCUUGGCGUUAUUCCCCUUAUGGAUAUCGUCCAGUGCGUCCGUAUCUGUGAUUCCUCACGAUGCCCACCCCGGCUACAGUGUGAAGAAAUUUGCCGCCGGGCUCAACUACCGUCUUCUGGAUUCCGGCUUUUCGCAGUUCUUCACCAUGCUGGAGGACGGUUCUAUCAUGACCGUCUCGGACGUGAGUCCCUUGGUGAAUCGGCCUAUCGACUUGUUGGUUCUCGAGGACGCCGGUAACACCACCAAGACACACAUGUUGCAGUUGUACGUGUUGGACAGACGUAAUAUGCUCAGUUUUAAGUCGGACAGUGACGAAGUGCUGGGGCGCGUCGCGGAGAACUCUCCGACCGGGACCAAAGUCGGGGGUUUACCGGUGCUCCAGGCCGCGAGUGGACUCACCACCACCCCCAUCACGUAUACUAUUAUUGGGGGGAACGUGGGGCAAGCGUUUGAGUUGAGGAGUAGUGUCACGGGGGAUGUUAUGCAGAAUGUCACAGUAGGGGAUAGCCAAGCGGGGGUUGACGUUGUUACGGCACAGGUGUUGGAUCGGGAGGAGACCGGCCGAUAUGUCCUGACAAUCCAGGCCAGCGACCCUUUGGGGGUGAACAAGGCCGUGAUCAAUGUCGUCAUUGAAGUCGAAGACGAGAACGACAACAGUCCCGUUUUCUCCCAAAAGGUCUACCGGUUUGUCGUCGGAGACGAUUCCCUCGAGGGCGACAACGUCACCACGACUUGGAAGCGCUUCUCUUCCAUCGGCAAGGUGGAAGCCACCGAUGCAGAUGGCGACAAGGUCGCCUAUCGCCUUGCCACCCCGACCAAUUACCUCGUUAUCGUCCCUCAAACCGGCGACCUCCUACUCAGCGAGGAACCCUCGGAGGAGGUGGACCUUGAACUCGUGGUAGAAGCUCACGAUUUGAGGACUCCUAGUCGGACCUCUCCUCGCCCCGCCCAAGUCCUCUUUAAAUUUAAACCUCCAGAAUCAUCCAAAGUUGAGCUUGACCUCGAUCUGCAACAAUUAGCCGAUAGGGAAUUACACAGAGGCAAACGAAGAGUAACCCGUGCAGUGCGACCAACCAAAAGAAUCGAAUUUACCGAAUCUGACGGUGACACCGAAGGCCGAAACGUCUUUCAACUCGAAAAGGAAACAGACCGGGAAACGUUCAAAAUUCGGGACGAAAAUCCCUGGGUCACCGUCGAUCCUAACGGAGCAGUUCGAGUGAAAAAGAAGUGGGAUUACGAAGAGUUGGGACCGGAGAAAACCAUCGAUUUUUGGGUCACCAUUACUAAUGCUGAGAAGAGCGCCGGACUUUUAUACACCGACAACCAGCGCGUGAUUAUACACGUAAGGGACGUUAACGACGAGCCUCCCUACUUCAUCAACCGCCCUUUGCCCAUGCAAGCCGUGGUUCAGCUGAACGCUCCUCCCAACACGCCCGUGUUCACCCUACAAGCCCGCGACCCGGAUACCGACCACAAUAUCCAUUAUUUCAUUGUCCGGGACCGCACUGGAGGCCGAUUUGAAGUGGACGAAAGAUCCGGUGUAGUUCGAACCAGAGGCACAGACGUCUUCCAGCUUGAUAUGGAGUACGUUCUCUACGUGAAAGCCGAGGACCAGAAUGGGAGGGUCGACGAGAGGAGGUUCCAGUCCACGCCGGAAGAGCGACUCUCAAUUGUCGGGGGCAAGAGAGCGCCGCAGUUUUACAUGCCGAGUUACGAGGCGGAAAUCCCCGAAAACCAAAAGAAGGAUUCAGAUAUUAUUUCUGUAAAGGCCAAGUCGUUUGCCGAUAGGGAGAUCAGGUAUACGUUGAAGGCGCAAGGACAAGGGGCUGGCACUUUUAAUAUAGGGCCAACGAGUGGGAUUGUUAAGUUGGCAAAAGAGUUGGAUUUUGAGGAUUUGAGGCAGCCGCAUGUGUAUUCGCUGGUAGUGACGGCCACGGAGGACUCGGGAGGUUUCUCCACCUCUGUUGAGCUUACAAUUCGUGUAACGGACGUCAACGACAACGCCCCCAAGUUCGAACUUCCGGACUACCAGGCCCAUAACGUCGACGAGGAUAUCCCUCCAGGCACGAGCAUCCUUAAAGUCAAGGCUAUGGACGCCGACAGUGGGGCCAACGCUGAAAUCGAAUACUUAGUCUCCGACGACCACUUUAGUGUAGACCCUAGUGGCAUCAUCUCCAAUAACAAACAACUAGAUGCUGAUAACAACAACGCCUACUACGAGUUUGUUGUUACUGCGAAAGAUAAGGGAGAGCCGGCAAAGACGGGCACUGCUACUGUCAGAGUCUACACCAAGAACAAAAACGACGAAGAACCGAAAUUUUCGCAACAAGUUUAUACUCCAAACGUGGACGAAAACGCGGGUCCUAACACCCUUGUCACCACCGUAGUGGCGUCUGAUAAAGAUGGCGAUAAUGUCAGAUUCGGUUUCGUCGGUGGUGGUACAAGCUCUGGACAGUUUGUUAUCGAGGAAAUCACUGGUGUGAUUCGGCUUCAUAGCAAAUCUAUCUCCCUUGACAGGGAUAAAUACGAAUUGAACGUCACUGCGAUGGACGAUGGGGCUUGUUGUGUCAACGGCGACCAAACCAUUCACACUUCCACGGCUGUGGUUGUCGUGUUUAUCACGGAUGUUAACGACAAUAAACCCAUUUUUAAAGACUGUGGGACUUAUUAUCCCAAGGUGGAGGAAGGGGCGCCGAAUGGAUCGCCGGUUAUUAAGGUGCACGCGACUGAUGAAGAUAAGGGGGUUAACGGCCAGGUCAAAUAUUCCAUCGUGCAACAACCGAAUCAGAAAGGGACGAAGUUUACUGUGGAUGAGGAGACUGGGGAAGUGUCCACGAACAAGGUUUUCGAUCGGGAGGGCGACGAUGGGAAAUUCGUGUCCGUUACGGUGAAAGCUACAGAUCAGGGGGAGCCCUCCUUGGAGGGGGUGUGCUCGUUUACGGUGGAAAUUACUGAUGUUAAUGAUAAUCCGCCCUUGUUUGACAGACAGAAAUACGUGGAGAAUGUGAAGCAGGACGCCAGUAUUGGAACUAAUAUUCUGCGAGUUUCUGCUUCGGACGAAGACGCCGACAACAACGGCGCCAUCGUGUACUCCUUGAAUGCCGGUUCGAACGCCGCCGACUUGGAGUAUUUCGAAAUCCAGCCUGAAUCAGGCUGGAUAGUGUUAAAGAAAGCCUUGGACAGAGACAGGUAUCGACUGCGCGUGCGCGCUUCCGACCGAGGCGAGCCUCCUUCCUUCGCGGACGUGGACGUUGAAUUAGACGUCGUAGACAGGAACAAUAAGCCGCCCCUAUGGGACGUGAACACGUACGGCCCCAUUCACAUCCGAGAAAAUGUCACAGUGGGUACUGUAGUGACUUCCGUGAAGGCCAGUUCCGGUAUAGAGAACAAUCCGACGGUUUUCUACCGUUUGAUGCCCGGCUCGACAGCCCAAACCAACAAAUACCACACUUUCUACCUCCAGCAAAGACCCGACAACGGUUUCACUUGGGCUGAUAUCAAAGUGAACCAUCCGUUGGACUACGAGACCAUAAAGGAGUACAAUUUAACAAUACGUGUGGAGAAUAAUGGGGCUCAACAGUUGGCCAGUGAAGCAACUGUCUACAUCCAGCUCGAAGAUGUUAACGACGAGAUCCCCCUUUUCACGGAAAGGGAACAAGAGACGGUCCUCGAAGGAGAACCCAUCGGGACUAAAGUCACACAAGUUAAUGCUAUCGACAAGGAUGGGACUUUCCCGAAUAAUCAGGUGUACUACUACAUCGUGGAUUCGCCUCGAAACGAGGGCAAGGACUUUUUUGAGAUCAACAAGGAGACGGGGGAAGUAUUCACCAAGAUCGUUUUCGACAGGGAGAAGCAAGGGGCCUACGCUUUGGAGGUGGAAGCGAGAGAUGGCGCUCCGUCUGCAAGACCCAACAGCGAUAGUCAACCCAACUCCGUGACCAAGUUCAUCCGAAUUGGAAUCGCUGAUAAGAAUGACAACCCGCCGUAUUUCGACAAGGCCCUCUACGAAGCGGAAGUGGACGAAAAUGAGGAUAUUCAACACACCGUUCUCACCGUCACCGCCAAAGAUCACGAUGAAUCCUCUCGUAUUCGAUACGAGAUCACAAGCGGUAACAUAGGCGGUGCUUUCGCCGUUAAGAACAUGACUGGAGCUAUCUAUGUAGCCGGAGCGUUGGACUACGAAACGAGAAAAAGGUACGAGUUGCGUCUUGCCGCGUCCGAUAAUCUCAAAGAGAACUACACAACGGUGGUGAUCCACGUCAAGGACGUUAACGACAAUCCGCCCGUUUUCGAAAGACCCACUUAUAGGACGCAAAUCACCGAAGAGGACGACAGGAAUCUGCCGAAGAGCGUGCUCAGGGUGACGGCAACGGACGGCGACAAAGAUCGACCCCAGAACAUUGUCUACUUCCUGACGGGCCAAGGCAUCGAUCCGGACAAUCCGGCCAACAGCAAAUUUGACAUAAACAGGACCACCGGAGAGAUUUUCGUACUCAAGCCCUUGGACCGAGACCAGCCCAACGGCCGUCCCCAAUGGCGUUUCACAGUAUUUGCCCAAGACGAGGGGGGCGAAGGCCUCGUAGGCUACGCCGACGUCCAAGUGAAUCUCAAAGACAUCAACGACAAUCCUCCUACCUUCCCCCAGGGCGUCUACUUCGGGAACGUAACCGAGAACGGCACGGCCGGCAUGGUAGUCAUGACGAUGACUGCAGUCGACUACGAUGACCCCUCCGAGGGCACAAAUGCCCGUCUGGUKUACUCGAUUGAAAAGAACGUGAUUGAGGAAGAGACCGGAUCACCGAUUUUUGAGAUCGAGUCCGAGACGGGCGUGAUCAAGACAGCUGUGUGUUGUUUAGAUCGAGAAAGGACCCCGGAUUAUUCAAUUCAAGUGGUCGCGAUGGACGGUGGCGGGUUGAAAGGGACAGGGACAGCGUCGAUACGUGUUAAAGACAUCAACGACAUGCCUCCGCAGUUUACUAAAGAUGAAUGGUUUACCGAAGUUGACGAGACUGACGGUACGACGUUACCGGAAAUGCCGAUAUUAACGGUAACGGUGCAUGACGAAGACGAAACCAACAAAUUCCAGUACAAAGUGCUCGAAAAUAGUGGUUACGGUGCUGAUAAAUUCACGAUGGUGCGCAAUAAUGACGGGACCGGGUCACUAAAAAUCGUGCAGCCGCUCGAUUAUGAAGACCUCCUCCAAAGCAAUGGCUUCCGUUUCCGGAUCCAAGUGAACGACAAGGGCGAAGAUAACGACAACGAUAAGUACCACGUGGCUAACUCAUGGGUCGUGGUCAAACUCCGGGAUAUCAACGACAACAAGCCCCAAUUCGAGCGGCCCAAUAUCGAAGUUUCCGUGUAUGAGAACGCUGAAGUGGGGAAGAGUCUCGAAACGUUCAAAGCCACCGAUCCGGAUCAAGGUGGUAAAAGCAAAGUCUCGUACGCCAUCGACCGGAUUUCRGACCGGAAACGCCAAUUCUCAAUCAACCAAGACGGCACGGUGAGCAUCCAGCGCUCUCUGGAUCGGGAAGACACCCCCCGACACCAGGUCAAAAUCCUAGCCAUCGACGACGGCAUCCCUCCGAAGACCGCAACGGCGACGCUCACAGUCAUCGUCCAGGACAUCAACGACAACGCGCCGACAUUCCUGCGGGACUACCGCCCCGUCCUCCCCGAACAUGUGCCUCCAAGGAAAGUCGUAGAGAUUCUAGCGACCGAUGAUGACGAUCGCUCGAAGAGUAACGGCCCUCCGUUCCAGUUUAGGCUGGAUCCAGGUGCCGAUGAUAUUAUAAGGGCUUCGUUUAAAGUGGAGCAGGAUCAGAAGGGUGCGAACGGCGACGGCAUGGCGAUCGUCUCGUCUCUCCGUUCUUUCGACCGCGAACAACAGAAGGAGUAUCUCAUCCCGAUCGUGAUUAAGGAUCACGGUAAUCCUGCGAUGAGCGGCACCAGCACUCUAACCGUCGUCAUCGGUGACGUUAACGAUAACAAAAUGCAACCCGGCUCCAAGGAGAUCUUCGUGUACAAUUACCAAGGACAAGCGCCUGAAACCGAGAUCGGAAGGGUUUACGUGUACGAUUUGGACGACUGGGACUUGCCCGAUAAGAAAUUCUAUUGGGAAACACUGGAACACAGAAAUUUCAAAUUGAAUGAGGAGACGGGAAUGAUCUCGAUGAGACACGGGACGCGCGAGGGGAAAUAUCAUCUCAGGUUCAAGGUUUACGACCGAAAACACACUCAGACGGACGUUGCCGCUAACGUUACGGUAACGGUAAAGGAGAUACCGCAUGAGGCGGUGGUUAAUUCAGGAUCUGUACGAAUCGCGGGUAUUACAGACGAAGAUUUCAUCCGGAUUUGGGAUUACAAGACUCAAAGUUUAUCACGGAGCAAAGCGGAUAAGUUCAAGGAUAAAAUAGCCGAUUUGUUGAACACAGAUCGGGAGAAUGUGGACGUAUUUAGCGUCCAAUUAAGACGCAAACAUCCCCCGUUGACGGACGUCCGGUUUUCCGCUCACGGCUCGCCAUAUUACAAACCAGUGCGACUCAACGGUAUCGUAUUGAUGCACCGCGAAAUCAUCGAAAAAGAAGUCGGGAUUAACAUCACCAUGGUAGGAAUUGACGAGUGUUUAUAUGAGAACCAAAUGUGCGAAGGCUCUUGUACGAACACUCUUGAUAUAAGUGCCUUGCCCUACAUGGUGAACGCCAAUAAAACUGCUUUGGUGGGAGUCAGAGUCGACGUCCUCGCCGAAUGUACCUGCGGUGCCCGGAAUUUCUCCAAAGAAGAAAACUGUAGAAACACCCCGUGUUAUAACGGUGGCCGUUGCAUCGAAACGCGCUAUUCUCUUUCGUGUUCGUGUCCGGCGACUUACAACGGGCCGCGAUGUCAACAAACCUCCCGGGGUUUCAAAGGGAAAGGGUGGGCGUGGUACCCGCCAUUGGAAAUGUGCGACAAGUCGCAUCUCCAUUUUGAAUUUGCGACGCGUAAAACCGACGGUUUGAUUCUCUACAACGGACCCAUCGUCAAGCCGGAAACCGACGAGGUUAUGGUAUCGGAUUACAUCGCAGUCGAGCUCGAACGAGGUUACCCGAGACUGUUGCUCGAUUUUGGUUCGGGGACUCUCGAGUUACGAGUCAAGACGAGAAAGAGUCUGGACGACGGCGAGUGGCACCGAAUCGAUAUCUUCUGGGACACCGAGAAUGUCCGAAUGGUUGUCGAUUAUUGCAAAUCGGCGGAAAUUAACGAAUUGGAGGACGGAACGCCGCCGGAGUUUGAUGAUACCAGUUGCCAGGCUCAGGGUACUAUUCCGCCCUUCAAUGAGUACCUCAACGUCAAUGCUCCUCUCCAACUUGGAGGGUUCUACGUGGAGGAGUUUGACCCCACCGAGUAUCACUGGCAGUACAUGCCUGUAGGGAAACCUUUCGAUGGUUGUAUCCGGAAUUUGUUCCACAAUUCAAAAUUGUACGAUUUGGCGCAUCCGGGAUUAUCCCGGAAUAGCGUGGCUGGGUGUCCACAGACCGAGGAAGUGUGUGGAAGAUCAGAAGCCACACAUCGGUGUUGGGAACAUGGCACAUGUGUGGGGAGCUUUAACGAGGCGAAAUGUCAGUGUAAACCGGGAUGGACAGGCCCGGCGUGUCUACAUCCGACUAUACCAACGUCCUUUAAGCCCCAAUCAUACGUCAAGUAUGCUUUGAGUUUUGAACCAGAUCGGUUCUCGACACAGAUACAAUUGAGGUUCAGGACGAGGGAAGAGCACGGCGAGUUGUUCCGCGUCUCAGACCAGCACAACCGAGAAUACGGCAUUUUGGAGAUCAAGGAUUCGAGACUCUACUUUAGGUACAACCUCAACUCCUUACGAACCGAAGAAAAGGAUAUUUGGUUGAGCUCAGUGACUGUCGACGACGGUCAAUGGCACGUCGCUCGAGUCAGCCGCUAUGGCUCUGCCGCCACUCUUGAGCUUGACGGCGGUGAGGGCCGCCGCUACAACGAAACUUUCGACUUUGUGGGCCACCAGUGGCUCCUCGUCGACAAACAAGAAGGGGUCUACGCCGGCGGAAAAGCCGAAUACACCGGUGUCCGCACCUUUGAAGUCUACGCCGACUACCAGAAAGGUUGUUUGGAUGACAUCCGUCUUGAGGGUAAACAUCUCCCGCUUCCUCCCGCCAUGAAUGGGACCCAGUGGGGUCAAGCCACCAUGGCCCGCAAUUUAGAACGCAAUUGUCCAUCGAAUAAACCCUGCGCCAAUGUAAUUUGCCCCGAACCCUUCGAAUGCGUCGAUUUAUGGAACGACUACGAAUGCACCUGCGGCGAGGGCCGCGUGAUGUCCGCCGACAGUAAGGACUGUAUGGACAAGGACGAAUGCGUCGAUCUUCCUUGUUUGAACGGCGGUACUUGCGUCAAUCUGGAACCCAGGUUCCGGUACCGCUGUCAUUGCCCCGACGGUUUCUGGGGCGAGAACUGCGAACUCAUCCAAGAAGGACAAACACUCAAACUCAGCAUGGGGGCUCUCGCCGCCAUCUUAGUCUGCUUGCUCAUGAUUUUGAUCUUAGUGUUGGUAUUCGUGGUGUACAACAGACGUCGCGAGGCGCACAUYAAAUAUCCAGGACCGGACGAUGACGUCCGCGAGAACAUUAUCAAUUACGACGACGAAGGGGGCGGUGAGGACGACAUGACUGCUUUCGACAUAACGCCCCUCCAAAUACCGAUCGGAGGACCUCUUCCGGAAUUGGCACCGCCCAAAAUAGGCUUUUCGGUGAUCGGCGUCGGACAGGAACCCAACGUCGGAGUCUUCAUCGAGGAGCACAAGAAGCGAGCCGACAGUGACCCCAAUGCGCCCCCAUUCGAUGAUCUCAGGAAUUACGCGUAUGAGGGGGGUGGUAGUACGGCAGGAUCGCUCAGUUCGCUCGCUUCAGGUACUGACGACGAAGUACAAGAGUACGACUACUUGGGGGCCUGGGGGCCCCGUUUCGACAAGUUGGCAGACAUGUACGGUCCCGGUGAAGAAACCGAACAAGAAGAAGAAUAAGUGUAAUGCCAGUGACAAAGAACAUACACAUUCCUUCGACGUCUAAGCUUGUCACGUGUCCUGCGUGUUCCAAUAAGACUGUCGCAGUUCCACUGCAUCAUAUAAAUAAUUGUAGAGAAUUUAUACGGGCGUCGACAGCGAGAUUGUCCGCGGUUUUUCUCUCGGAACGGUUCGUUCGAACUGGGCCUAAUUCAGUUAUUUGUGACCACUGCCACGUAUUUUUUCCAUAGUUUCGAUUCAACGUCUUUUCUCGAUGAGGCGGAGAGUCUCGACGGCGGCGCCGGAAUGUUGCAUAUGUUUUAUUUGUAAAGCACAUUAAUACCUACCAUUGUCAUGUAUCGUUGAGCCAGUAUUCCUACGAAAGAAGUUCCGCGAUUAUUUAACACAAUUUUACCAGAAAAUGUAGUUUUUUUUGGUGAGUUUGUGAUGAAUAAUUCGGGGCAGCUGUACAUGUAGGCAGUCACUACGUUUUAGGUCAAAUUACAGGUUUUAGUCUAGUUGAACCACAGUGCGAGUGAUGAAACGGAGUGCAAGCGUGAUGUGUAUAUAGGAGUAAAUCACAGAUCACAUCGUUUUGAUAUAGCACCUGCGUACCAUGUUGCCAUAUUGAUAUAUAUUACUGGACAUUUUUGAUAAUUUUUCAGCUCACUAGAACGUUUUAUGUUGUAGAGUUAUGUAUAUAGGAGUCACGUGGACGACUGAUUUCGUAUGGAUGUUUCGAGAGACAGUGCCAAUUAUUAUAACUUAUAAAUGUAAUAAAACUUGAAUGCUGUGUAAUAAUUAUGAUAUUAUGUGUUUGCACUUGUGUAUUGUUUCAAAUAUGUAUACUUAAAUAUUCUUAUGACAUCGCACCAUAUAAACAACACGACGCGAUUCGGUUUCUAUCAUCAAACAUUUUCGUCAUUUUUUCAUUCGUUUUAGAUGGAAUUUGAGUGCAUUCUAGUGAUUCUUGUUUUAUGAGUUCUUUGUCAUAAGGAAUUCGUAGAAAGAUUUAUGUACCUUUUUUGUACAAGAUUAUUUAAGAUUUAUUUAAAAAUAAACUUCUAGAGAUUG